CUUUGGCGUCCGCGGGGAGCUGCCCCUGUGCCCGUGGCUCUCUGCGCAUGCCCGGACCCCGGCGGCUCCGGAGUCCGGGAGGCUCUGGCUGCUCCAGUCGCGGGUCCGGGCCCCGCCUCUCCACUCGGCGGUGGCGUCCGUGUUGUUAUUGUGGUGGUAGCGGCGUCUGGCUGCUGCGGACCCCGCCGAGUCCUAGCGCCUGGCCUGCGCGCCGCUGCCCGCGCCACAGGUCCUUUUGGAAUAAAUCAUGGGAUUGAGCUUCAUUCAGAUGUGGUGGAAUAUGCCAAGGAAAAACUGGAGAGCUUCAUCAAAAAUAGUGAUAGCUUUGAUAAAUUUGAGUUCUGUGAACCUGCAUUUGUUGUUGGUAAUUGCCUCCAGAUAGCAUCUGACAGUCAUCAGUAUGAUCGAAUUUAUUGUGGAGCUGGAGUCCAGAAAGACCAUGAAAACUACAUGAAAAUAUUACUAAAAGUUGGAGGCAUAUUAGUCAUGCCUAUAGAGGAUCAGUUAACACAGAUUAUGCGAACUGGACAGAACACUUGGGAAAGUAAAAAUAUCCUUGCUGUUUCAUUUGCCCCACUUGUGCAACCAAGUAAGAAUGAUAAUGGCAAACCAGAUUCUGUGGGACUCCCUCCCUGUGCUGUCAGGAAUCUACAGGACUUGGCUCGUAUUUACAUUCGACGCACACUUAGAAAUUUCAUAAAUGAUGAGAUGCAGGCCAAGGGGAUUCCUCAAAGGGCUCCACCCAAAAGGAAAAGAAAGAGAGUUAAACAGAGAAUUAACACUUACGUAUUUGUGGGUAAUCAGCUUAUUCCUCAGCCUCUAGAUAGUGAAGAGGAUGAAAAAAUGGAAGAGGAUAACAAAGAAGAGGAAGAAAAAGAUCACAAUGAAGCAGUGAAGCCAGAGGAGCCACCUCAAAAUUUACUGAGAGAAAAAAUCAUGAAGCUGCCCCUCCCUGAAUCUUUAAAAGCUUACUUGACAUAUUUUAGAGACAAAUAACUUAGAUCAAGAAGAAAGAAUGCCUACUGAUAAUUCCUUUAGUCUUGAAAAUGUAGCAUUUGUUAGGAGUUAAAGGAGAGAAUUAUUUCUUUCAUCAGAGCAAAUUAUAGUGGAAAAAAAUAUCACUUGUUUCUGUCAGUAACACAAAUGAUGUAUUCAGUUAAUAAAAGAAUCCCUUUUAUAAAAUCUAUUUUUCUUUAAAUCUUGGAAAAAUGUUGUUUUAGCUCAGAGUGAUUUCAAAGUGGAAUGCAACAGUAGUCAAGACUUGUGUACUAUAAAUCCUUUUCUGAUUCCUUACAGAUUUGUAGUGAUGAGGGUUAGAUUUAAUUUUAUAUAUGGUUUAAAUAAUUGUUAAGCUUAUAUAACCUGAUCUGAAUUGCAGUUGUUUGCAUUUCCUCUAUGAAAACUUCAUUUAUCUAAUAAGGAAAUCAAAUGCUUUGUAGACUAUUUACCUUACUUUUGUUGCAAUCACUGUUGUUGGGUUGCUGUAUAUAUAUUCCGGGCAAUAUAUGAGUGCAAUAACAAUACAAGAUAUUGAAUAAUUUAGCUUUAAAAAAUCCCACAAAUUUUAUGAAAUUUUACAGCCCUGCUACUUUUGCUUUUGAAUCUCUUGCCAAAAGACAUGGGUAAAAUAUCUGCCUCUCUCAUAGAGAUUUUAAGAGCACAGCAAGUGAAUUAUUAAAACAGAAAGUAUAUACUUAAUACAACUCUUUAUAUGGACCCUUUACAUUUUCAGUAUUUAAAAAAAUGAGGUUAUCUUAACUCUAUAGAAUUUUAAAAGUAUAUUUAGAAUUGUUUUUUCUGUAGUUCACUGUAUAAAGUAUUUGGUUUUUUAAAAAAAGCAAAACCAUUGUUAUGUGUGACUCUUGAUAGGACACAGAACGAGUGAAUGAGCAUGAGUGAGGCCACUUUCUUGGAUGGCUGUAAGUAGCAGGGCCAGGGUAGACCUGGUCAGCGGAUGCACUUUAGCAGAUGGAACUUCUAGUUUAUCUGAAUAUUUAUCUUUGACAAGGUAGGGCUGAGCCUACAUUUGCUUUUGAUCUAUCUAGUAUAAGAAAUAUUCACAGAAAUUGUAUGUAGAUACCCUUUGUUUUGAAAAUCCUGUUCAGAAUCAUAGUGUAAUCUUUGGGACCUAUGCCAUGUUCAUUUCACUCCUUCCCAUAUUUUUUGUGUUUCUUUUGGUAAAACUAUAAUAGUUUUCAUUUUUUACUUAAUAUCACACAAUUAAACUGUCCAUAUUUGAGCUUUAUUUUAGCUUAUCAGUGAUAAAAAAACAGGUAGUAACUGCCAUUGUUUGUUUGUUUUCCUAAUAAGGCCUGAAAACAGCCAUUCCUUGUUAAGGAAGUGUACAAUGUAACAUAUUUGCUAGAGUUACAUGGAUUAUAUAUUUCUUAAAGGGAAAAUUUGAGAGUAUCAUGGACUACCACCAGCAUUAUUAUUACAGUAGUUACUCAGAUUUGGUUAAGGAAGCCCAAGCAAUGUAUAGUGAAAGGAUUAUUAUCUCUCUGCUAAGAUUCAGAUACUGUUUCAGAAAUCUCAGCUCCGGUAAUUCCACAACAUCUAAAAACAAAUGUUUGUGAUCAUGUGUAAGCAUGAAAUUGUUCCAAGUAAGUGAGGAUAUUUUAGUUAUGUGAAAGACAGUUUCAUGGAAGGUAUUUGUUUUAUGCCAGUGGCUGGGAUGGUGGAAUUGGGGUUAUUUCUACAAUUAUUCUUAGACGAUUACUAAACUGUUAAGAAAUGCCCCAUAUCAUUUUUGUAUCUAGGAAAGAAAAAAAUCAGUUUCAUACUGUUGUCAUCUGUCAGAAAUGCUCAUUUUAUUUUGAAUUAAAUGUGGCUUUUGAAGUACCUACUUACCUUGAAUUCCUGGUGACCACAUGUUUUUAUCUGGAAAACCUGGAGAAAGUUAUCUGUCCCAUCUCCCCUGCUUGUUUUUUUUUUUUUUUUUUGGUUGGAGCUGCUGUUUAGAUGAUGCUUUUACUAUGCAGGAGAGAGUUUUUGUUAAGGAUAUAUUUGAAGAUUGGCUUUUCCAUAUUGUCUUUCAUUCUUUGACCGUGGCAAAGUGUACAGUAGAUUUUCAUGAUCAUUGCAUAUUUCUUGUCAUUGAAAUGUAUCUUUUAUGUUUUUAAAUGCAUUCAUUUUACACUUGUGAGUUUAUCAUUGACUUUAAGAGGUAGAAAUGAAAAAUGAAAAUUAAAGCUAAAGCCUUUUUAUCUAUUAAUGCAGAUAUAUUAGAAUAAGAAUAUUUUGGGUUUGUGUUUAUUUUUUAAUGAAUUUAUGUUUACUUGAGUAUGGAAAAUUAUGCUUUAUAGGUGGAAAAGUAGCAAAUAAAGAUUAAGUAAAAGUGAGUGAAAAUGAUGGGGAAUAUAGUAUUGGAAUUUUAUAGCUAGUUAAAACAAUAAGUAUCAUCUAAUUUGGGUGUUUAUUUUGCAGAUGAGAAAACAGACCUAGAACCGUGGCAUGUUUUGCCUGAAACAUACAGUGAGUUAGAGACAGGGCCUAAGAUAGCUUCUAGCAUCAGAUCAAUCCCAAGAAUCCAUCAGCAACCUCAGACCAACCCAAGAAGAUAAUUUAAAUCUAUACUGCUUAUUGGUCAAUAUAUUUGGUUCUAGUAUUAAUAAAGAAAAAUGUUAUUAAAAUAGCAUACAUAGUAGUAAAAUAAAAUACAAAAAGUGUGUUGAUUUAUAGCUGUUUGAGAUGAUAAAAGUGAAGCAAAGCCUGUUAAAUCAUUGGAAGACUUGGAAAAUUAUUUUAAAUAAACAAUUACAUGUAAUUAA